AUGGCUACUUGGAGGCGGGAUGGCCGGCUAACCGGCAGCCAGCGGCUCCUGUGUGCAGGGCUGGCGGGGGCGUUGAGCCUCAGCCUCACCGCGCCCCUGGAGCUCGCCACCGUGCUGGCCCAGGUCGGCAUGGUGCGAGGCCACUCCCAGGGGCUGUGGGCCACUGGACGCCGAGUGUGGCUAGCUGAGGGGCCGAAGGCCCUGUGGAAGGGGAACGGCGUGGCAUGCCUGCGCCUCUUCCCCUGCAGCAUGGUGCAGCUGGCCGCCUACCGAAAGUUCGUUGUGCUGUUCAUGGAUGACCUGGGCCGUAUUUCCCAGUGGAGCGCCAUUGUGGCUGGAAGUCUUGCAGGCAUGGUUUCUAUGAUUGUCACAUACCCUACAGACCUCAUCAAAACCCGGCUGAUUGUGCAGAACAUGCUGGAACCAUCUUAUAGGGGUCUUAUCCAUGCUUUUUCUACUAUUUAUCAACAAGAAGGGUUCCUGGCCCUUUAUCGAGGGGUGUCCCUCACUGUUUUAGGUGCUGUUCCCUUCUCUGCUGGCUCCCUUCUAGUUUACAUGAACCUGGAGAAAAUCUGGAAUGGACCCCGGGACCGCUUCUCUCACCUGCAGAACUUUGCCAAUGUCUGCGUGGCUGCUGCUGUGAGCCAGACUCUUUCCUUUCCCUUUGACACUGUGAAGAGAAAGAUGCAGGCUCAAAGUCCGUAUCUCCCCCACUGUGGAGGAGUGGAUGUCCAUUUCUCAGGGGCAGUGGACUGCUUCCGGCAGAUAGUGAAGACCCAAGGGGUGCCAGGGCUCUGGAGCGGACUGACAGCUAACUUACUAAAGGUAGUUCCAUAUUUUGGAGUUAUGUUUAGUAUGUUUGAGUUCUGUAAGAGAAUUUUUCUUUAUCAAAAUGGUUACAUCCUGUCCCCAGUGACCUACAAAUUGACCCCAGGGGUGGACCAAAGUUUGAAGCCCCAGGAGUUACGGGAAUUAAAGAAGUUCUUCAAACCCAGAAAACUGGAAUCUAAAAAGCCAACUCUGUAAAGCUGACUGGAAGAAGGCUGGUAGAAGACAUGCGCAAUCACAGAUGACUAUGGCCUGCCUCUUACCUGUGCACGUCAGGAGGAACAAUACAUCACCUGGGAACCCCGAAUCUUCCCUGUGAAUACCUGUGCCUUGAAAAGCUUUUCUGACACUGCUCUGUCACAAUGGCACUCCACCAGACUACAAGGAAGCCUAGUAGCAAUCAGAUGCACAGUAUACCCCAGGAGAAACCUCGGGAAGGAACAUUGCCGCAACACUUCAGAGCACCUUGUAGCUGAGGUAGCAGGGCAGAGAGCAUGUCACGAGCCCAGCAUGGAAGUGCAGGUAGAGUAGGGCAAGUUUUUCUCACAUUGACCUGUGGCUUCACCACACAGACUUCUUAAACUCAUACCUUUGCUGAGAGCACCAACCACCAUGUCAGUUAGGCCUUAUCAAAAACCCCAAAUGAAAACUUUUAGAUUUUUUUUUUCUAAAUAAUCUUGCUACAAAAUCCAGGCUGCUCUCAGAGUCAUGGUCUUCCUGCCUAGACUCCCAGCCAGCUGAGAUUAUAAGUGUGUACUGCAAUGCUCAUCCUCAGAACCUUCAUUCUUCAUUGAAAAAUCAGGCACCUGGAGCCCGUGGUGGUGGUGCAUGCCUUUAAUCCCUGCACUCCGGAGGCAGAGGCAGGUGGAUCUCUGUGAGUUUGAGGCCAGCCUGGGCUACCGAGUGAGUUCCAGGAAAGGCUCCAAAGCUACAUAGAAAAACCCUGUCUCAAAAAAGAAAGAAAGAAAAAGAAAAAUCAGGCACAAGAAGCUUAGAAACUUCUACUUCAAGAAGGCAGUUUUCCAUAUAACUUUUUUGUUUUGUUUUGUUUUGUUUUUUUGAGACAGGGUUUCUCUGUGUAGACUUGGCUGUCCUGGAACUCACUCUGUAGAGCAGGCUGGCCUUGAACUCACAGAGAUCCGCCUGGCUGUGCCUCCUGAGUGCUGGGGUUAAAGGCGUGUGUUACCACCGUCCCAUGACUUCUUAAUGAUGCACUGAAAUUCCUGACUCAAGUCAUGCACAGUUCCAUCGGCCUUAAUUAUCUGCCUUUUUAACUUGCUUUGUAAGCCUACCUUGAAAAUAAAUUAUUCAAUCAUCUUCCACUAUUCCCACAAGAUGUCCUAGUUGCCUAGAAAGGAUAAAUAGAACAUAUGAUACACAUACUCCCCCGCAAAUGGCAUGAAAUUAAAAUCCUUUAGGCUAAUAACCCAUUGGAGAGGUUUUUGUUUGGUUGGUUGGUUUUGUUUUAAUGUACUCAAAUGGGGAUUCCGUGUAAAAUUUAUACAAAUAUACUUCUCUAAUACUACCAUUGUAUGCAUUUUAAAAUGCAUUAAUAUGUAACAAGAUGUGGUGGUGCCCAUCUGCAAUCACAGCCCUUGGGAGGCUAAGGCAAGAAGACCAUGAGUUCAAGGCCAUCCUUAGUUACAUAAGUAAGUUCAAGUUCCUCAUAUACAUAUUGAAAUCUUAUCUCAGAAAACAAUAGGUAAAUAAAUAAAUAUAUUUCUGAAAUGAAUUCACAUAUAUUUUCUGUUCCUUUCCUCUACCAUAUACAUGAAAGUUUUCAGAGUGUUGAAAGUAUUUUUUUUUUAUUAAACUUAUUUUCUAAAGGAAAAAAAAUGGGGCUGGAGAGUUGGCUCAGCAGUUUAGAGCACUUGUUGCUUUGCAGAGGAUCUGGGUUCAAUUCCCUGCACCUACCUGCAUGGUGGCCCAAAACCAUCCAUAACUCCAGUCCCUGGGAUCUAAUACCCUCUUCUGAACUCAAGAAGCACCAGACAUGCACCUGGUGCACAUACAUACAUGCAGAAAAACACCCUCAUACAUAAAAUAAAUAAAUCUAAAUUUUUUUCCUUAAAUUUUUUAAAAGAGAGAAAACUGUCAUUUAUUCCUAAUCAAAGUUAUAAAACUAUGGUUAAGUUCUCAGACCAUAGUCUGGUUUACAUAUACAAAAUAACUCAUUUUUCCAACUCCUGUAGCAGACUAUUUUAUAGAGAGUAGUGUUGACGUGUAGCCUGAUGUGUUAGUGUCUGUGGGGAGGCAAAUACUGCAUCCAGUCAACACUCCAUGUUUGUCCAUUGUGGUUUUCUUUGAAGCAACAAAACAAAAUUUCAGAAAAUGCUGAAUUCUAUGAGUGUAGUUUUUGACAAAAGUUGAAAUCUAACCUCAGAUUAUUUAUAUCUUAGUACUCUGUGCAUUCUUCCACAAAUACAAGAGAGAUGCCACUUGGCACAGAGGUAUUUUCUUAGCUGCAGGGUUUGUUGUUGUUUUGAUUUGGUUUUUUGAAGAGUUACUUUUAGUUAUUUGUGUUGGGUACACGUAUGUGAGUGCAGGCACCUAUGGAGGCCAGAGGCAUCAGAUCCCUUGGAUCUAGAGUUACAGGUGGUUAUAUGGUACUGACCAUGGUUGUUGGAAACUUCUUCUAUAGAUCAGUAUGUGCUCUUACUAAUUAAGC